GUUCGCGCGUCGUCAUUUGUGGGUUUGAACGAGAGAAGCGAAGUAGUUGAAGGAGAUGGAAAGGCCGAGAUUUCAGCAGCCACUAUUCAUCGAGGAGUUCACAACGCUCGGCCAGACGCAGUUUGUGUAUUUCACCUUCAUCCGCCGUAUUGUACUGCUAUAGGUAAACAUUUCCGCUGAUUUUUAUUUCAGUUACCGUAAGCGAGGUGUUAUAUAAAGGAAGAGCGUAAGUUAUUUGUUGAAGACCCUGAAGGAAAGGAAGCAGAGAGCGUCUAUAUAGAACAUCAUCUGACGUAUUGGGUAGUGCGGACUUACUACGAGCAAACAGCCAUCUUUGUGAGAGAAUAUAUCCCCAAAAAGGGCUGAUAAUGAAACACAAGUGUGAAGUCAUAUAGGAGUUAAGGUUUGUGUAUUCGUGCCACUUAGGCUGCUUCGGGUAUUUAGAAAAUCCACCAUUAGAGCUCUCGUUCUUGUUUGGGGAGCUUUUAAGGUUGUCGAGCCUCAAAAUGAUAGAACGAUGUGUUAUUCGACUGAUUUUUUGCUACCUCGUAGGAAUAAUCCUUCUUGAAACUUUUAUCAGUCUCACUUAAUCUAGCCCCCCAUGCAGGUGUUUUUAGGGGAGCACAUAUUUCCUCCCUCCCCACAAAGAAAUACGAGCUCCCCUAAAUACACCUGCGUGGGAGGCUACACUUAACCAUUCUUUUCGUAAAUUUUAAUUUCAGGAAGCUUAAAAAAUCCUGAACUUAGAAUGUGCCACCAGAAUUCGUGCAGGUUUUACAACUGCAUUGCCUACGACCGUGACUACAGCGGGCUCAGCCACGAUGAUGAAGAAGGCAUGAGGACAGGCAGGCAGCUGGGAGACAAGUCGGUGCUGUUCAUGUGUAAUCACGGAGUACUUGUGGUCGCGGAAACUGCUGCCAAAGCAUUUGAUGACAUUUACUAUUUAGAGCGUGCUUGUAUGACUCAGGUCAGAUGUUGGUUAUUACACAGCCUGCGUAACAGGCGUCUGCUACACAGCCGUUUUUAGAGUCGUCACGCAAUGCUCCUCCCCACCAAGGAGCGUUGCGUGACGACACUAAAAACGGCUGUGUAGCAGACUAGCGUAACAGGCGCCUGUAAGUAAUAUGUGCGCAAGAAAGAACGGGACGCGCGGGGAGGUCCCCCUCGCGCGCGCCCUGUUCUUUCUUGCGCCCAUAUUGCUUACGCUACUUAUUACAUAGACCACGAGUACUUUUUUUGUGUUAUUAUUUUCACAGCGAUGGUAGAGCAAGCCUGACACUUAAGCGCUCGUCGGCGUUCUCGUCAAGACGCUACAAUACCUGCUAUCUCUUUCCUUCACGCACCGAGAUUUCUCGCUGAAGGCAUUUUUUCGUUCUUGAAUAUUUUGCUCCGAACACCUCAACUACAUAUGGUCGUGUUAUGGUUAACCUCCUAGGUGGCCAACUGUAGCUUGAUCGGUCAAAUUUGCCCCGAAUCUAAAAAGUCGGCCGUCUUUUCCGUUAAUGCAAUUAAGACCCAACAGGGAAAAACGCCGUAACAUUAGAGACAUGCGUCUGUUAGACUGCAAAACAGUCGGUUUUUCCUCUCAAAAUGAGCUUUUCAGGCACGAAGCGCCGGCGUGAGAUUUUCGGGCGAAACACGCGAGCGUCACACUUCUUUAGUGAGUGCAAGGCGCAGCUUUCCUUACUCUCACACUCUGUUUUCACACUCGCUCCAGAAAGUUCGCUUGACCGCUCGCGCGUUCUUAGCCCGUGCAAAAAUACAGGCUGUUUUGUAGUCUAAGGGCCUGCAAAAUUACAUUUACUAAAUACAAAAUAUCGUGUUUUUUUCCGGCAUAAGUUUAGCUGUUGGCUUGCUAGGACUUCUGAGCAACGGUACGCUGGAUGAAUAUCCAUGGGAAGAUUAAGCCCUCUCCUUAACCCUCCUCAUGUAAAAAGGGGCGGGAGGGGGGAGGGGUUCUAUUAACCCUGUUAUAGUAGUAGGGUAACCCUUCCAGAGGGUUUACACCACAAUCAUGUAGACAGGGCCACUUCGAAGAAAAAUGAGAGAUUGUCAUCCCAAUAUAAUCCUUGGUGGUCUACUGCCUAGUGACUAAAUAAAUAAAUUAAUAAAUAAAUAAAUAAAAAAGAUUGCUACCAGUUGUUGUUGUAAAAAUUAAAAAUAAAUGCUGGCCAAGUAUUUCAAGUCACACACUUUCUAUACAAACUGUGUAACUUUGUUGUUCAAGACUGCUACCAGUCUAUGAUGAUGUAAUGUAGUAAUAAUAUGUUAUAAAAUAAUUACCGUCAAAAGAGAAUGAUGGGACAUAAUAGCUCGUUAUUCUCUCUUAUUCACUCAUGCUGCCAUCCAUUUUAUCUUCUUAGGUAUUGGCUUUGUCGACUGGAGAGGCGUUGUUUGAGUUACCAGAAGAGUUAGUUUCUCAAGUGCACGAGCAGUUUCAUAAGGAAAAUGAUGUUGCUAAAAUGAACUACAGCGGGGCCCAUUUUGAGAGUGUUAAGAGAAUUCUUGCAAAAGAGAAUCCGGAUUUUAUGGAAUGA